CAGCAGAUUACCGAUCAACAGAAUGAGCUGAAGAUGUCGGCUCGGUCAUGUGAUCAGUUGUGUCCAAUAAGGGACAUGUACACUGAUCAUCAGGGCACUGAUGAUAAGUGUGCCCUGAUGAUCAGUGUAGUCCCAGCAGUGCCAGCUGUCAGUGCCCAUCAAUGCCAGCUGUCAGUGCUCAUCAAUGCCACCUGCCAGUGCCUACCAGUGCACAUCAAUGCCACAUAUCAGUGCCCAUAUGAGCUGCCUUUCAGUGCCACAUAUCAAUGCCAGUCAGUGCCACCUAUCAGUGCUAGUCAGUGCCACCUAUAUAUCAGUGUCCAUCUGAGCUGCCUUUCAGUGUCACCGAUCAGUGCCAGUCAGUGCCGCCCAUCAGUG